AUGAGCACCAUGAGGGAUCUCAGCGGCAAAAACUACAAAGACUAUUCCUACUGCCUCACAGGAAAACUCGACUUGAACCUCAGCGUGCGAAUUAACUCGCUGGAGUGGAAACCCAAACGACCUCAAUUGGAUGCAACAAUUGUCCCAUACUCUGCGGAGCGUCGGAGGUGGAACGAAUGGAUCACCCUCCCUAUCAAGUACCGGGAUCUCCCACUCAACGCCCAAUUGGCGUUCACAGUCUGGGAUGCGGCAUCACCCAGAAAGGUCGAGCCUAUUGGAGGGUCGACCUUGAAGCUGUUUGGUCCAUUCAAUAUCAUUUUGACGGGUCCACAGAAAGUCCGCAUGUGGCCGGAAUGCGAAGCUGAUGGGAACGACACGUCUAAGACACCCUCAGAAACUGGGGAGAAGGAUGAAAUGGACCGCUUUGAAAAGGACCGUGGGGACAUCCCAAAGAUUGAGUGGCUUGACAACCUUGCCUACCGCCAGAUUGAACAGAUCCACAAAAAACUCUUGGCGCAAUCGGACAAAAUGCUUCUCAACAUCGACUUGCCAAAGUUUGACUUUCCUGUCAUUUUUGAUGAACAUGAAUACGAAUCUAAAGUCCAUGGAUCAUUCAACAGCUUCGGCGGAUCAGCCUCCAACUCUAUCCCUUCUUUCCAUACCAACAUGCCUGGCAGUUCGGUAUUCAUCGUGGACGACCCCGAGAUUGCGCGCGAGAACCCUGUCGAGGCGAAACACAGGAGACUUGUUCGUAGCCACAGGAACGGUCCUCUGGAUAGGCAAUUGAAACCCAACCCAAAGAUUCGCGACGAACUGGCUCAAAUUUUGCGGUACCCGCCCUCACAUUCGCUCACGGGAGAGGAGAAAGAUCUGCUAUGGAAGUUCAGAUAUUACCUGACAAGAGACAAACGGGCACUUACAAAGUUCCUCAAGUCGGUGGUAUGGAGUGACCCUGCAGAAGCGAAACAAGCCGUUGACCUUCUCCCAGCGUGGGUUGAUAUCGACGUUGACGAUGCAUUGGAAUUGCUGGGCUCGUCAUUUGAGAACCGAGAAGUUCGGUCAUACGCGGUAACGCAGCUGAGAAGCGCGAAUGACGAUGAUCUACUGCUGUUCCUUCUGCAGCUUGUGCAAGGUCUCAAGUUUGAGCACAUCGACAGCAACUUUGGCGAGUCUAAUUUGGUGGCGUUUUUGAUCGAGCGUGCUGUGAAGAAUCCUAUUCUUGGCAACUACUUUCACUGGUAUUUGAUGAUCGAAUACGAAGAUGUCGCUGUCAGUAAGAUGUAUGGCAAAGUGUCGUAUCAGUACAUGUCGGCGAUGACUGCAUCUGGAAUCCAACGGAGAGAGAGUUUGAGGAGACAAGGAGAGCUCAUCGAGACGCUUGCCAACUUGGCCAAGAGUGUGAAGCAAAUGCGCGAAUCGCGCCCCAAGAAGGUUAGUGAAGUGACAGGAAUCGUGCCAGAGCGGACAGGUAUCUUCAAGAGUAACCUGCUUCCUCUUCACCUUACAUUCUCCUGUGCGGAUGGAAGUCUCUAUCAAGCCAUUUUCAAGUCAGGGGACGACCUGCGUCAGGACCAGCUUGUGAUUCAGCUCAUUACCUUGAUGGAUGACCUACUCAGAAAAGAAAACUUGGAUCUAAAGCUGAUGCCCUACAAGGUUCUGGCGACAGGAGCAGACCAUGGCAUGGUUCAGUUUGUUCAGUCUAUGUCACUCGCCAACGUCUUGAACGAGAACAACGGCAGUUUGCUGGGGUACUGGAGAAAGAACCACCUGGACGAACAGAGCGCAGAGACGUUUGGAGUCCGACCAGAAGUCAUGGAUAACUAUGUCAAGAGUUGUGCUGGAUAUAGCGUGAUCAUGUACCUUCUUGGAGUUGGAGAUCGACACUUGGACAAUUUGCUCAUGUCACCCAAUGGAAACAUCUUCCAUGUCGACUUUGGAUUUAUCCUUGGUCGAGACCCCAAACCGUUCCCUGCACCAAUGAAGAUUACCAAAGAGAUGGUCGAUGCAAUGGGAGGGUUCAACUCGGUGCAUUAUCAGAGUUUCAAGUCGUACUGUGUAACAGCGUACAAUAUCCUUCGCAAGUCGGCGAACCUGAUCCUGAACCUGUUUGGUCUGAUGGUAGAUGCCAACAUUCCAGACAUCAAGGCCGAGCCCGACAAGGCCGUUUGGAAGGUUGAGGAGCGCUUCCAGUUGAAUCUGACAGACGACGAGGCUAUCAAGUUCUUCCAGAACCUGAUCAACGAGAGUGUCAGUGCCAUGAUCCCUCAAAUUGCAGACGCCAUCCAUGGAUGGGCCCAGCAUUGGCGAAAAUAA